UGUACUGAUUCCCAGAUUGUUGAUCGAGACAGUUGGCGAAGCUGAAAACUAACAUGGAGCUCUCUGAAAAAGACGUCAAGAACUGUUUAGAUGAAAACCUAACCAACCUUCCUUACAAGAUGGUAGACACAAGGGGCCUGUAUCAGAGGAGGACUCCCUGCAUGCAGAUUGAGGGAAGUCUUCAGGUUAUUGAAGCCAUGUUUUUGCAAGGAGGCCAAAGAGGAAUCAAAAUAUUUCCCAAGGGUUUUCCAAAAAGAAAAGGCUUAUACCCAAUUGGAGACAAGACUCAAUGAACUUUCAGAAGGGGGCAAUGUUGGUCUUGCAUACAUCGCAAAGUCUCUCCCGGUUACUGCUAAUAUGGACAUUAAGUACAAGACUCCUGGAGAAGUUAUUAUGGACGUGUGUCUGAUCAGACAGGGAAGUCCAGCUGUUAUUCUUUCGGUUGUGACAGACAUGCCUGAAAAUAUGAAACUUCAGACUCAAAGAUACAACUCUGCUGUCUCGAAAGAAGUUACAAAGAACGUUCGCACGUUUACCACCAUGACCUUCAACUCUAUACGGGUUAGUUCAUGAGGAUGAACUCAUCUCGAAGGAAAGAUUUGAGUCAUCACUGGCAAAGAUAGUGAAAGAACGAUCUCGCCUCUGUAUUCCUGAUUCCUUGAACAUGAACGAGCAGAAAUAUAAACAUGUUGUCCGUGCUUUCCUCUCUUCUAUGUCAGCAACAGAGUUUGUAAGUGGUGGAGGUGAUGACACACUAUGGUUUCUGACUCAUAAACAGUUCUGUAUCCUGACAGAGAACAUUGAUCACACUGAAGUGCAUGUGGAUACCGUCCCUGCCAGCGGUGGUCGAGUGCUGUCUCUCACCGUUACCCAGCGCUUACAGAAACUUGGACGAACAUUGCUCAUUUCAGACGAUGACAAACUAAUCAAAUGUGCAAGAAAUCACAACAUUGAUUGCAAGAACUUCAACGACCUUGGACAAAUAGAUCUGGCGGCUGAAGGAAAAACUUUCUACGUUGUUGUAUACGAAGGUGGAGAACACUGCUCAUCUCAGGUUCCACACCUUCCCCAGCUGUUGGCCGCUGCACAAAGCGUUGGGUUUUCCAUAGACAGAAAGGAUCGCCUGAGGAUGAAGAUGUGCAACAAACCGCACAUUGUAUGGCCCGUUCAAAGACAAGACACUAUCAACAAACGAUUUAUAACAGGAUCGCUUGAAGUUGAAGAUGUGCAACAAACUUACCAUGUGUUGACCCGUUCAAAGACAAGGUUUGAUUGUUGGUGUCACAAGGAAGAAGAUGUACAGCAACACAAACGUUUAUCUUCGAUAACAAGGCCUGAUGAUGAAGUGAAAAGGAAACGACAGGUAGAACAAGUGGUAGUGUUGAAGACAGGAGAGACGUUCUGAGAGUGUUAUAUAUUGAGAUGAAGCAGUUGGAAGAGUAAUAUAGGUGUAGGAAAGAAGAGCUGCGACUUGAACAGGAUCGUAAACUCAAACGAGGAAAGGUUGAACAUGGCGACACAUAGCUUAACACAACAGCCAACAAAGGUUAAGUGAAAGAGUAUAGUUUCACUGAUUUUACGUGAUUCGUGCACAUCACUGUUCAUUCGUUCAUCACUGUUUUGUUUUACUUUAACACCCACAGACACACAUUGAAACUGUGAGGCAAACAAUUCAGUUCGGUGAGUGUCAUAAGUUGUUUGACGGAGACAACAACUUUUAAGUACCGAGGAAAUGUGUUAAUUUAGAAAAGAGGAAGACAUUUCUAACUUUAACAACAUCAGUGACGGAACUGGUGACUAUUGAAUUUCCCUAUUUUGACAUGUACCACAUAUUCUUUGAAAGUGCCAUAUUGCCUUGGCUCACACACACACACACCUGUUGUUACUUGCUUCCUUGUUUGUUUAAC